CUGGGCAUGAUAUCUAAUUUUUUUUAAAUUACAUGUCAAACAAUGUCUGUUACAAAUUUAGUGCUUUUACCAUAAAAUGCACAAUUUUAUUGAUACACCUGAAGUGCAGUUUAAAUGGUGCAAUAUUCAUUUUAGAAUGCAAAAACUGUUACGGGCUAACCGGUGAGAUAUUAUUGUAUGGGACAAGCAAAGAACGCUCACAGUAAACUGCUUCUUUUCACGGAUGGUUUGCAAUAUUCCACCUUACCACUACAUGUCAUCAGAAAAUCUGCUUUGAAAAGAUGGAAAAUUUUAGGUAUCGUGUGCCAGAAGGCACAUGGGAGAUGAAAGCUAAGACUUGACAUUUUCAUGUUUGAAAAGCCUUACUUUUUGUGAUGCUUGUAUUAUGUUUUUAACACAGGUUUUCUUCAUUUAUUCAAAUCUUGCUGACACCCCUUUAAUUGGACAUGGCUCAUAUUCUCUCCCUGCUCCACCUUCGGCCAUUUCUGGCACUUGCGGGACAAAGGAAUCUUACAUUUUGCAGAAUGUCUUUGGACUCACGGGCACGAGAAAUAUUUGCUGCAGCAGUGGAGGCAGUGCAGCCAGACAUUGUGGUCCAGCGGAGUAUAGAGCGCAGGGAAGACACCGUCCAUAUCAACGGCCAUAAAUUCACGCUCAAACAGAAUCUGUACUUGGUGGGUUUUGGAAAAGCUGUACUGGGCAUGGCUGCAGAGGCAGAGAGGAUUAUGGGUGAUCACUUGGUGAAAGGUAUCAUCAGCGUGCCCCAUGGGAUUCAGCAGACAUUACAGCAACACGGAAAACACCAUCUGUUGCUGAAAGAAAACAGCCGCAUCAAAGUAAUGGAAGGUGCGAAGCAUAACUUACCCAAUGGUGAUUCCCAGAAAUCAGCGGAAGCCAUCAAGGUGUUAGCCAGUGGACUAACGGAGAAAGACCUGCUACUUGUACUGAUUUCAGGUGGAGGAUCUGCGCUGUUACCCGCACCAAUCCCACCAGUCACUUUGCAAGAGAAACUGGAUAUCACCCGCAGACUUGCAGCUGCUGGUGCCACUAUUCAAGAGCUGAACACUGUACGUCGAGCCCUUUCCCUGUUAAAGGGUGGGGGGCUUGCACGGUGUGCUCAUCCAGCCCAGGUUGUCACGCUCAUUUUGUCCGAUGUGAUUGGGGAUCCCCUUGACUUGAUAGCCAGUGGCCCCACUGUGCCAUAUGAGGUGGAGCCUGAGAAAGUAUUAUCUGUGUUUGAACACUACAAGAUGUUGACCUCUCUACCAGCCUCAGUAAAGCAGGUCCUUGGGAGACAAAGCCAAACAACCACAGAGGAGCACAAGGAUAAAUCAGAUAAAGCACCGAAUGCUGUUAAUGUUGUGAUUGGCUCCAACAGCACUGCCCUCAAGAGUGCUAGUCGCCAAGCACGAGAGCUAGGAUUUCGCCCCGUUAUCAUGUCACCAGGAGUGUGUGGGGAUGUAAGGUCAGUGUGUCAUCUUUAUGGCCUCCUAGCCCACUUUGCCUGUUCUCGAGAAGAACCUCCUCCUGAGCUUACUACUAAGUUAUUGAAUUUGGGGCUAGAUGUUGGUGUAAAGUCUUGGGACUUGUCCCGUACCAUGCAAGUCUUGGGUGAAGGCCGUAAAGAAGGAUGGGGCGCUACUUGUCUGCUAGCUGGAGGUGAGCCCACUGUGGUGCUAACUGGCAAGGGUCGAGGUGGUCGAAACCAGGAGCUGGCUCUGCGAGUGGGAAUAGAGCUGAGAGACCUGGAGCUGCCACCAAAAGGUCCAGUCUUCCUUAGUGGUGGAACCGAUGGACAAGAUGGACCUACUGAAGCUGCAGGGGCCAUUACUGAUGCUGGUUUGUUGGAAGAGGCGAAAACACAGGGAGUAGACAUUGACCAGGUCCAAGCCAACAAUGAUUCUUUCACUUUUUUUAAAAGCCUUUCUGCUGGGCAGCGCUUGCUUGUACCUGGCCUAACAUGCACUAAUGUGAUGGAUGUGCACAUCCUCCUUAUUCCACCAAUUCCCAUUAACAUAGAAUAAAUUACAUCAGAGGUGCAUGUAUAGACAGGUGUGUGUGUGUGUGUGUGUGUGUGUGUCAUAUAAAACCUGAGGUUAUUACUUUCUGGAAUAGAGUCCAGUUGGGUGCUUAAACUCAAAACUAUUUUAGUCUAGUGGACAUUAUUUUA